AUGACAACUACAAUGAGCUAUUGCACACAACAGAAUGGUAUGAAUCAACCAUUAACUAUUCAACCAACACAAGUUACCUCGAACCCACCACCUGAAACAACUGGUAAUAUUAAUCCAACACUCAACACACCAGGUUUCAAUUAUCCAUCAAUGUAUCCAGAAAUCAAUGUUACACUUGUUCAACCAGCAACAUUAACUCUUAUCUAUAUACCAGUUGAUAGACAAGAUCGACCAAGCAAUGUUAACAGAUUCAUUGUUAAGUUUGUGUAUCCAGAUAGUAGUACUACAUCACAAUUUAGUUCUGAAAUUCCAUCGACGACUGAGACAACGAUUUCAUCAGGUACAACAACAACUCUAAGCACAACAGUUGUAUUUCCACCCUCAGAUGCUUCUCCUCGGGUUAAUCUACCACCAAACUUCCACCUACCAAAUGGCACUAUAAUUGUUAUCGAUGUUAGGUCAACCGUAGAUUACGACAACCCAAAACAAGUCACUGUUGGCAUUGUUGCCUGUGUUGAAGUUACAGCUACAACUGCAACCACAAUCGGUUACACUACUCCAGGAGCUGCUACUACGGGAACGCUUUCUACUCCAGGAGCUACUACUACGGGAACGCUUUCUACUCCAGGAGCUACUACUACGGGAACGCUUUCUACUCCAGGAGCUACUACUACAGGAACGCUUUCUACUCCAGGAGCUACUACUACAGGAACGCUUUCUACUCCAGGAGCUGCUACUACUAGUGGUACUACAAUUAUCCCAACUAGUGUUCAUACAAGCACCAUGUGUCGAAUGAGCAUGGCUCAACCCGAAGGUGUAUAUGUCUCAUAUGUCAAUCAUUCAGGAACACUUCUUCCGGAAAGUGGCUCUCUUGAUUACACAACUAGUGGUACUGGAUUUAGUUUUCAAAACCAACCUAAUACAAUUGGACUCUUUGAUAACGAUCACCGACCACUUUAUUACAUCGACAUCGUUUUUAAUCCAGCUGGUGCUGAUUCACUUAGUAGUAUCAUGGUCAAUAAUGAAAGUAAUGUCAAUGGAUUUCGUGUUGAAUUUUUCGUUCAACCGGGUAAAAAUCAACUGUUCACAAUUGCACCUUAUGUUUCACUUUCAUACAAUUCAACAAUGAGCAAUGCUGGACCAUCAAUUUCCAAUUUUCUCGAUGACGUGCCAUCACCAUUGACUGGUGUUCGUAUUAGUAUUCUAUCAACAAGAGACGAUCAGCCUCCUCAUAAUUUGAAGUUAGCAAUUUUUGGUUGCUUCAAUACACCAAUAAUAGAAACAACAACUACUGGACGUCUGCCAACAACGGAGACUUCAGUCACUCCAGUUAAAAGUACCACAGCGGCUGUAACUACAAGUGCUCCAGGUUCUUCAACAGGAACUCCUGCAUCAAGCACCACUGUUUUACCACCAAUAACAACUACAAUGAGCUAUUGCACACAACAGAAUGGUAUGAAUCAACCAUUAACUAUUCAACCAACACAAGUUACCUCGAACCCACCACCUGAAACAACUGGUAAUAUUAAUCCAACACUCAACACACCAGGUUUCAAUUAUCCAUCAAUGUAUCCAGAAAUCAAUGUUACACUUGUUCAACCAGCAACAUUAACUCUUAUCUAUAUACCAGUUGAUAGACAAGAUCGACCAAGCAAUGUUAACAGAUUCAUUGUUAAGUUUGUGUAUCCAGAUAGUAGUACUACAUCACAAUUUAGUUCUGAAAUUCCAUCGACGACUGAGACAACGAUUUCAUCAGGUACAACAACAACUCUAAGCACAACAGUUGUAUUUCCACCCUCAGAUGCUUCUCCUCGGUUUGUGUAUCCAGAUAGUAGUACUACAUCACAAUUUAGUUCUGAAAUUCCAUCGACGACUGAGACAACGAUUUCAUCAGGUACAACAACAACUCUAAGCACAACAGUUGUAUUUCCACCCUCAGAUGCUUCUCCUCGGGUUAAUCUACCACCAAACUUCCACCUACCAAAUGGCACUAUAAUCGUUGUGGAUAUUUCGGGAACUGUGGAUGGUGCCUAUGCUAAAGAGGUCACCAUUGGGAUUGUGGCAUGUACUAAACCGGUGACACCAUCCGCAAGCACAAUUACAUCAACAAUCCCAUUUACUUCGCUAGUGACUGCAAGCGAACUUCCAACUACAUCUGGUACGCCUUUUUUCACCACGAUUAAUCCAGUAUCAAUAACUUCAAUCAAAUGCAUCUAUUCCGAUUGGACGAAUUGGACAUCAUGUACAGUUACAUGCGGCCAAGGGCAACAAAUGCGUGCUCGUAAUGCUAUGGCCGGAUCUUGUACUGAGCCUUUGUUAGAAACGCGCAUUUGCCAAAUGGAGCCUUGCCCAUGCAUAUUCACACAAGACAUCUAUAUUUCUACAUUUCAAAAACUUCCUCCUGUUGACAAUUUUGUUGGUUGGAUUGAAAAAGAUGAUCAAACAGGUUAUACAAAUUCAACCGAAUCCGUUUAUAUUGGUGACCACUUGGAUAAUAAUACAAUAGUUCAUUCAUAUAAUUGCAGUGAAUUUAUUUGCAAAGAUUCAAGUCUAGUAACUGUUUUGACUGCAAAUUGUAGCAAAGACUGUCAAUUUGAACCAUGGACUGAGUGGACAUCUUGCAACAUUACAUGUGGUGGUAAUGGAAAUCAAACUCGAUCAAGAGGUAAAAUUCCAGCUGCGGGUAAUGGCACAGAUUGUAUUGGUUCAGAUAUUGAAACUUUACUUUGCUCGUCAUUGCCAUGUGUUGGCGCAUGCUUAACAACUGAAUGGACAGAUUUUACACCAUGUUCUAAAUCGUGUGGUUUGGGCUCACAAAUAAGAACAAGAAAUUUCACAUCGCAACAACCAAAUUGUACAGAUUCACUGAUUGAAGUUCGUGAUUGUAACAUUGGUUGUUGUUCAGUUGAUGGUAAUUGGUCGCCAUGGUCACCGUGGAAUAAUUGUACGGCUGAUUGCAAUGGUGGUGAACGAGUACGUACACGUCAAUGUAAUCAACCAACACCACAAUGUGAUGGAGCACCCUGUGGAGGUGCAUCAUCACAAGCUGAACCGUGUAAUACUCUUCCAUGCACAAAUGGUACGUGUACAGGCGGUAAAGUCCUUAGUAACUGUUCAAAUUCGUGUGAUACAUCAUGUUCAACAUUAACUUGUAAUGGGCAAUGUUCGGAACCUGAAAUUUGUCAAACAGGAUGUAUCUGUGCUAACGAUACAGUAAUGGACGCUAAUGGAAAUUGUGUUAUGCCAUCCGCAUGUCAAUGUAUGUACAACGGUCGAAUAUUAUUAGCAGGACAAACAAUUAAUGUAGCUGAUACAUGCCAAAAAUGCACUUGUCAAAAUGGCUGUGUUACAUGUAAUUCAGUUCCGUGUAUCGAACAAUGUACAUGGUCGAAUUGGUCUCCAUUUGGUGAAUGUUCAGCUCCAUGUAAUGGUACUGAAUCUCGUUAUCAAAUUUUACAAGGAUCCAAUUGUUAUCACAAUGAUACUAAAAUUGAAACUCGGCCAUGUAGUACAGUAACAUCAAAUUAUCAAAAAGGUUGUGCAACAUGCACAUGUUUGAAUUUAACAAACGAAGAGUGUGUUACUAAUUGUGGUGUUACUAAUGAAACCUGUUCUCAAAUUGAAGAUCCAUUAUUUACAUACAUUUAUACACCACCAGUAGAUGGCUUAUGUUGUGGUUCAUGUAUUAGAGUUCCUAAACCAGAAAUUUGUUCAAUUAAUAUAUUGCCAGCAGAUUUUGUUACUAUUGAUAAUUGUACAUCAACUGAAAAGAUCUCUCAACAGCAAUGCUUAGGGGGUUGCAUAUCAUAUUCAAUGUCUGGUUUUUCUUCUCCGCAAAAUAAUUGUCGUUGUUGCGCACCAGCGACAACAUCAACAGCACAAGUUAAACUGAUAUGCACUGAUUCAAGUGGAUAUUCCACAACUAUAUGGAAACCUUAUAAAACUAUUCUCACAUGCAGUUGUUCAGCAUGUGAAAACACAAUUCCUAUUGAAUAA